AUGGAGAGCGCCGCGAGAGAAGCCAUGGUCGACACUUUCAUGGAGAUCACGUCGUGCGAGUCCCAGUCGACCGCCGAGCGCUACCUCGCUUCCUGCGGCCGUAGCCUCGAGGCCGCCAUCAACCGCUUCUUCACCGUCGGCGCCGCCGAUGCAGCCCCCGAUCAUCCAGUGGUGGAUUCGAUCCCGGUCCGCUCCGAGACGACGCACGACGACAAGGUGCGCGAUCCCAUCCCCGCCCGCUCCGACAGGCUGUACCAGCACGACGACUUCUACGGUCCUGGUUCCAGUACCGCCCGCGCCGCCCCAUCCAUAUGGAGCGUCAACACGGAGGCGUUGUCUCGACUCCCCGUUUAUCCGGUGCCCGUGGUCGUGGAGGACGCGUCUAUGCCGGAAAGGAACGCGACCGGGUGGGAAUCCGAUGGUGACAUCUGUGCAGAUGAGAAAGAAGAAACCAACAACAUCGCCGAGGAAGACGAACCAGCGAAGGAAGCCGAAGAAGAUUACCUCAGAAACGACGAUAAAGAGGAUGCGAUGGAAGAAUGCGACGACACCGAAAGCAUGGAGAUGGAGGAUGAAGAUGACGGGUACGAGUACGAGUACGACGACACGGAGGCGGAUUACGAGUACAGCGACGAUGACCAAGACGACGGCGACUACUUAGACGCGGCGGAGACUGACCACAUGGAGGCGCUGGAUGGGCAGCCGCAGCGUAGAGCUCGGGCCGACAAGACCCUGGACGAUCUGUUCCGGCCUCCGUACGAGAUAAUGUUCCAGGGGAGCUUCCACGACGCCAAGGUGCACGCGGCGAGGAAGGACCAGUGGCUGCUGAUCAACAUUCAGCUGAGGGAUGUGUUCGCCUCGCACCUGCACAACCGGGACCUGUGGUCCAACGAGGUGGUCGCCCAGGUUAUCAAGGACAGCUUCGUCUUCUCGUUGCUGCAGAAGACCGGGACGCCCGGCGACGAGGCCGGCAAAGUGUGCUGCUUCUACAAGCUCCAAGAUGAUCAGCUCCCGGCCGUGCUUGUCCUGGACCCAAUCACCGGGAUGCUGCUGGCCAAGUGGUGCGGCAUCGUCCAGCAACCCAACGACUUCCUCACCAGCAUCGGUAAGUACACCGAGUCCAAGCCUAGCACCAUGCCGAAGCCCAGGAUCGUCCGACCCAUAACAACAGCAGCAGCGCAUCAGGAACCGGUUGCUAAAUCUGUACCUGCACCGGCACCCAAGGUUGACAAGAUCGAGGCACCGGCGCCGUUUCCCAAUGUCGUCGGCAAGAUCGAGGAGGCUCCGGUGGCAUCAUUGCCCAAGGCUGACAAGAUCGAGGCUCCGAUUGAUGAUGGGCAGCCUAGGGAUGGAGAGACAGUCUGCAAGCUCAGGGUACGCUUUCAUACAGGCAACAUCGUCACCAAGGAAUUUGGGAGUACACGGGCGGUCGCCGUGCUCUUCUCGUACUGCAGAUCAGUUGUCCGUGACCAGGCAGGGACGGAGCAAACCUUCCGAAUCAUGAGGAUGGCUGGCCGGACAUUUGAGGAACUGCACGACGACGGUGCCUCGCUCGAAGAUCUGAAGCUGAACCGAGAUACCGUUAUGGUUGUGCUAGAUAGUUAA